UUUUGGGGAAUUUUUCUUGUUUCUUGUGGAAGGGUGAUCUUUUGUGGAAGGUAAAGAAGUACAUAGAACUUGCAUUUGUUGGCAUAAAAUGAAUGCAAGGGAGAAAGAAGAGACUAAAUGAAUAUUUAUGAUGACAUAAAGAGGUAUAAAGGAAAUGAGUUAAUAAAGUUGUCAGAAGUGGUCAGGAAACAGCCAGGUUAACAUAAGGAAAAGGCAAAACACACUCCGAGUCACUGAGACUAAAAUAUGAUACAUCGAUUUUAAUUAGACCUGUGUCUAUAUAUUUUUGCAAAACAACCUCUGAAGGCAAAGUGUAAAUCACCUGACAUAUGAAAUAACAUGUUACACUACAGUUGCUGAGAUGUGCUCCCAGAAGGGAUACACGUCUGAAGAUUUCCACACGUCACACGUGUGGAAACUGUUCACACUGCCAUUCUCACAGUGUGAACAGUAGUUAAAUAUGUGGAUUUUUAUUGAUGUAGAUUAAAAAAGGCCUUUCACAUAUUAAGGUAGUACUUGUAUGUUGAAUGCAUUAAGCAUGUUCAACUAUUUUCUUUUAGUGAAAUAAAAGGCCAGUAAUUCUUUUUAAUUUUUUAAGGUAGGGUGAAAAAAAUAUAAACUGAAAAAAGUAAAAACGAAAGCAGCAUCAGGCUUGAUAGGUGGCAGUGACGUCUGAGUUUAUGAAUUAUAUAUUUAGUUAUUGAGGGAUAUUAGAUCAAACAAUUGUAAUGUAGCUGCGGUCGUCUGUAGGUUUGUGUUUCAAAGGGUGCAGUGUAAAGGAGGAGACGGUAGGUGGCAGCACUCACUGUUAUUCACACUUGUUUUUCCACGGAAAUAAGGACAUUAUUUUGAAGCUGCUUCCUGUUAUCAAAUCGACUCGAGAAUUUUUAAUGUAAUCGGUUGUUUAACUUGUGACUCUAGGUUAUGUUAUAUCUUCAUCAUAAAUGAGCUUUAAGGAGACUUUGGAGUGGCUGAAUCUCGUUGGUAAUCUGAAAUGAUCGCACACUGUGGUGCUGCAGUUAGAUACAAACACCGCUGACUUUAAGAUCUGCUUCUUUCACGUAACUGUAAACGACCUGUCUGAGAUACCUGAAGUUACGGUCACUUCUUAUGGCUGCUUUCGGCUUUACUCCUGCCAGAGAGCAGGAUCUUUUUAGCUUUGAAGCGGAACAGUCCAGCUCAAAAACAAGCAGCGGACUCAGCGGGGAAGAGGCCAAGCGUUUCUAUGAAAGCUUAACGAAAGAUGAGAAGGGGGGAGAUGGAUUAAAAGGUGCAGUUAGUAAGAAAGGCAGGGAACCUCAGACUAGACAGGAGAGUAGAGAGUCCAGAAGAAGAGCGAUGAGGAGGGUGAGAGCUGUGGAAGCACAGCAGGGUCAGAGUGGAGGGAGUCAAUCAGAGACUGGACACUCAGAAAGAACCAUGGAGCUGCUGGGUCUGCGGCUACUGCGCUUUGCCCAUGAGGGAGACAUCCCUGGGCUCAAAGAGGUCCUCUCAAAGGGGGUCGACAUCAACUACCAGGACACUUUCUUCUGGACAGCUGUAAUGUGUGCAAGCUGGUCAGGGCAAAGAGCUGCGGUGAGGCUUCUGCUGCAGCACGGAGCGGCCUGGGUCGGAGUGGUUGACACAAAGGGCAGGGAUGCCAAAGACCUGGCAGUGGAAGCUGGCCACAAUGAAGUGUUGGAGGAGCUGUUGAGCUACGGGAGAAGACCAAAGAGAGAGACACCGUCUGACAGCAGUUCCCUCCAGCCUCAGUGGUGCGACGUGUGUCGUGACGAGUACAGCAGCAGCCUGCCGUCACAUCUCUCCUCCACCCUGCAUCAGUUCAAUCUGCGACGUCCUCCACCCACCCCUUACUACUGCCUCCCCCCCUCCAGCAACAGCUUCAAGAUGAUGGUUCGUUGUGGCUGGAAACCAGGAACAGGGCUGGGGCCACAGGGAGAGGGGCCCAAACAGCCAGUGCCUACUGUGCUGAAGAGAGACCAGAAGGGUCUGGGAUACGGACAGAUGAAAAGAGCCAAAGUGACUCACUUCCAAGCCAGAGACUGUGAAGCUGUGAAACCACCAUCUAAGGACAAAGUGGGGAUUGGAAUGAAAGGACAGAGGAAGGAAGAAAGUAGGAAAAAAGAGCAAAAAGACAGGAACUGGGAAAGAGACUUCCGUGCCUCUUUUUAUCUUUGACACUGGCUCAUUCACAUCUGCAUUUGAAACACAUAAAUCAUGACGCUGAGUUGUUUAUUAAAGCUUUGACAGAGUUUGUUGGGUGUGUCUGUGAAGUGACUUUAAAUGGAGCUUAACGGAUCAGAGCUCGUGCUGUCUGUUUACGGCGUCAGCUGCUGUUUGCUCAAUGAUUGAAUGUGUGGCAAAAGGUUUUCAUUCAUGUUCAUGAGGAUUUCAAUUACACUGUGACUGAAUGUGUCUGAGCCACAAAGGUGUUAAAGGGUUACAUUAUAAUGUUUCAUUCGCAUUCAGCAAAAAGAAAAAAACCCAACAAGACCGAUCUUAUCAUGAAGAACACUGAUUAUUAUUGCUCAUGAUCCAGGCAUGUACAAAUUCUUUAGUGUCAUAAAACAGUGUAGACUUUUUUAUAUUAAAGAUUAAAGAAGAAAAGAGUUUCUUUUAGAUAUUAAAGUUGAUUCUAUGAAGAAAAA